AUGACUGAAAGUUGCGACGCAGACCAAGCCACCCCUGCAGUGUGCCCCACGGAUGCGCCUGACGGAGACUGCGGUAGAAGGGGAGCAGCUGUCUUCUCGACUGCCGUCGAGGCUGAGGCUGCGACUGCCCCCUCGCUGCCUCUCCUGGGGAGGACUGCGCCCUUCUCCCCGCCAGGAGAGCAGCAGCAGCAGCAGGAAGCGGCAGCUGCUGCUGCUGCUGCUGCUGGCAGCUCCGACAGUCCAGCGUCGUCUGCUGCGGCGGCGGCUGCUUCCGCCUCCACGGAGGAGCAACAGGGAGCUGCUGCUGCCGCAGUCGCCUUGGCAGGCGAGCUCAAGCUCCCCCUGAUGGCCUCUUACCUCCGGGGGAUGGCGCUAGGUUCUCUCUCGAUCGACGACUUGCCUUCUCCGCCUUGCAGCACGAUCUCUUCCGCGUCUUCUUCGCCAACCGCCGUUGCGGGGAGCAAGCAGCACGCAGGUGUGUCGGCAGCGGCAGCAGCAGCUGCUGCUGCUGCUGCUGUAGCAGCGGGCACGCCCUUUAUCGACAUCGGGCAGCAAGCGGCAGCAACAGCAGCAGCAGCAGCAGCUGCGCAUUUUCCUCAGCUGUCUGUCGGUCUUGCUUCUCCAAGACUUCCAACUCCCCUGCCGCAAGCUGCAGGGAGCACCAGCGCCGCUCAGACGGAUGCUCUGCAGCAGCAGCAGCAGCAGCAGCUCCUCUUGCAGCGUCAGCAGCUCCUCCUGGCGUUCGCUAACCAGCACCACCAGAUGCUGGGAGCCUUGAACAGGGGGGGAGGGGUCCCCUCUGCGCUUUCGGCAGAUGCUGCGACUCUAGCCUCUUUUGGCGGCUACAGUUCUCUGCUGAUGGAUGCUGCAGUUGGAGGCGGCGACGGCACUGUGCCUUCCUCCGCUGCUCUAGGGAGCACUCCUGCAGGAGCGACAAACGCGACUGUGUCUGGGCGUGGUACUGUGGGGAGGGGGGAGAGCUCUUCCAGUGCCUCUUGCGCUGCUGCCACUGCUGCUGUCGCGCCGUACAACUCGACGUGUUUCAGGCUCGCCUUGACCUCUGCGGAAGGGGGGGGGGGAGGCUCCAGCGCGCUGAGUGGCAUGGCUACCCCUUCCUCUGGAGUGGGGAGUGGAGCAGCUGCCUCGGGAGCUUUGCCGAAGAAGUACAGUGGCGUCUGGUUCGACCCGCAGCAGAAUUGCUGGAGAGCAUCGUGGGUGUGCGCUGCAACAGGCAAGCGACGCUUUCGAUACUUCUCCGCCGCUAAGUUCGGGCAUGAGCAUGCCUUGCAGCUAGCCACGGAGACGAAGGAGCGAGCUUUAGAAAGGAAGAAGGUGAAGACGCAGCAGCAGCAGCAGCAGCAGCAACAAGGGGAUCUUGGCGGAAGUGUCUCUGGCCUUGUUUCGAGAUUUCCGAGUGCUGCUGCGCUCGGCGCAGCGGCAGGCUUGCACGGGGGAGACACCCCCCAGCUAGCCAUUUUAGCAGCGCGAGCUCGAGAAAUUACAAAGGUUCCCGGGGUGUAUUACGACGGCGCGCGAAUGAUAUGGCGUGCCUUCUGGCACGAAGGCGGUCGUCGAGUUAUUCGGUACUUUACGGUGAACAAGCAUGGCUUUAGGAGGGCGCACCAGCUGGCGCUGCUCACGAGGAAGCAAGCGGCGGAGGCGAUGCAACAGCGACGUCGAAAGCUUCUUGUCGGGGAGGGGCAGGGAACGGGCUUGCAGCAGGGAGGCUUAAAUCGGCCCCAACUGUCGCACUUGGAUGCUCAGUACGAUGCUGCGAACGCUCGCCUAGAACGCGCGUUGAAGCAGAUCGAGGAGAUGGAGGAGGAGGAGGCAGCAGCAGCUGCUGCCCCUUCUUGCAGUGCUGCACGGGAGGCGGAAGGCGGCAGGGACCGUUUAGACAUCGCUGGCGACACGGGAGCUGUGGGGCAGAAAAAGAGCCUCGUGUCUGCUGUCGCUGGGGGGGGGGGCCCCUCUGUCGGGUCGGUCGCCGGGUGUAAUGACAGCGCCUCGGGGGCGGGGGCGGGGGGCCCCCCUGCGUAUUCUGGCAUUAGCAGCCGCGUCGACUACGUGGAGAGGGUCGCUCAGCUGCCUCCUGAACCGCAAGUGGAGUGGUGCGAAGCUCUCAAGGCGUGGGUUGUUACGCCGGCAGACGACGAGGAGGGGCCCCUUGGGGGGGGCCCCCAUCGGCUUGUCAUUCCAGAAUCCGGCAAAACCGUCCUCAAGAUGUUCACGAUACGCAAAUUCGGAUUUCGGGUGGCUCGCGAAAGAGCUUUGGAGUGGAGAAAUAAGCGGAGGGAGAAAGCCAUGCAAGAAUCUAGUGGUCGCAGAAGUCGCCCGGCGACACACGCCAAUGCGACGAUGCUGUUGGAGCCAACGCCCUCGGCUGUCUCGGCGCCUGCUUCUGCUGUAUCACCGAGUUAUUCCACGAGCACAUGUGCAUCGACGCCAAGCCCUUCAGCGUCUCCAGCGGCUGCAGUUGUACCCGCAUCGGCUGCAGCAGCAGGGGCGUCUUCGGGAUCGGAUGUGUGGAGUGGCAUGUGCAGCAGCGGCAACAACAACGGCAGCAGCAGAAAGCGGUUGGCAGCGGCAGCCGCUGAGACGUCUGCUGCCGCUGACUGUGCUACCCCCGAUUUAUCUGCCCUUGUGCCGGAGGCGCUGCCUGUCGGAAGUGCAGGAGGUACGGCAGCAGCAUCAUCAGGAGGAGGGAGCGGCAGCGUGGAGGUUAUGCGAAGUGCAGUUUGUCACAUCUUGCGUAAUUUGCAACAGUGUAUUAGCCGUAUCUUGACGUCGGAGAGGGCGUCGGGAGCCGAUGAGCAGCUGGCGGUCGACAUUCACAAGUGGAGCCAGGCGGUGUAUGUACAGCUGGAUCUUUUCUCGUCGUUUGCACAACUGGCGUGUGAAAGUCGGCAUCCCGACGCGGAAGCGCUCGUUUCGGAGAUGCUCAUGCCCUACUUGCGGCUUUUUGCUCAUUGCAUCCGUCUCAACAAACUGCCUAGCCAGCUGCCUGAGGAGUAUCAGCUGCUUCUCCUGGAUGCGUUGUGUAUCUUGGGAACGCCAGAUACCGCAGGCAAGGUCGAGCUGCAGCAGCAGCAACAAGAGGAAGCAUUGAGGGGGGCUGCUGCGCUUAUGCUGCCUGACACAAAUGCGGAUCUCUUGUCUCUGCCUCCUACUCCGGAUGCAACAACGCCUUCUGGUGCUGCUUCAGCUCUUGCCGUGUCACCAGCAGCUCUGGCAACGCCGCAUGCGUAA